AUGAGUCGCCUUCCUCCCGCCGAUAAGCUUCCCCUCGCCAUCCGCAAGGACAUUCGAGACAACUGGGAGUCGAAGAAGGAGGAGAGCGAAAAGAAAUUGAGCAGCAUUCUUGGAGAGACGUGGACCAUCGACAUUGACCCCAAGAACAUCUACCCCUAUGGCGAGGAUGGCUCAUACGCGAAAGAAUCCACCGGUGCCAUGAUUGCAGAAUAUGUCCGCUGCGCCAUCAGCGGCCUCGGCCGGUACAUUGACAACUACGGCGCCGACGGCAAGCAGGAGAUCAACAAGCUCGCGACGGCGCGCACGCUCAUCAUGGACCUCGACGUGGACAAGAAGAUCAGCUACUGCGGCUGCGGCAUCACGCCGGCCGGCCAGCUCGCCAUCCUGUGGCAGGACGGCAACCUCGCGACCAACAUUGACAGCGUGUUUGAGGAGCGCAAGAUCAACACGGCGCUCAACGCGGUGCCGAGCGCGGGCAUCGGCUACGAGACGCGCAUCGACAUCAAGAAGAACUACGAGGAGACCAUUGCCGACGUGCGCGCCCGCAUUGCCGCCACGCUCAAGAAGGAGUACACCCUCGAGCCGGGCUUCGAGGCCGCGUACGCCAAGCUCGGCGCCGCCAACCAUGCCGACUUUAAGGAGAACCUCGGCGCACUGGUUUACCGGUACUUUAGCGCCGUCGCCGACGCCCUCGUUCGCUUCCAGUUUGACUCGGAUGAGAUGCUGCAGGAGGGCUUCAACGAGGAGGUCGCGUCGGGCCGCAUUGAGUUCCGCAUCGUGGACAAGGCGCAGCUGAAGGAGAGCUACGGCGAGGUCGUGGUGGAGAACGGCGUCCUCUAUAUUCAGACGUCGACCGAUUCUUAUGGCUACAACAUUGACCAUGUGGCUGACAAGCUGGUCGACCAGCUGUAG